AUGUCGUCGACCUCUCCCUCGAAGGAACCCGAGGUGGAACCCGAAGUUCAAUCGGGUGAAGACCAGGAACAAAUGGACAAGGAACAGCACGACACUCAGGCGCAGGGUCAGGGAGAGUUCGAGGUGAAGGAGCAGGACAGAUGGCUACCAAUUGCCAAUGUGGCUCGCAUUAUGAAACUAGCUUUGCCCGAGAAUGCAAAGAUCGCAAAGGAGGCCAAGGAGUGUAUGCAGGAAUGUGUGAGCGAAUUUAUCUCAUUCAUCACCAGUGAAGCGUCCGAGAAAUGUCAGCAGGAAAAGCGCAAGACCGUCAACGGGGAGGACAUCCUGUUUGCCAUGACCUCUCUGGGCUUUGAAAAUUAUGCGGAGGCCCUGAAAAUUUACCUGUCGAAAUACCGCGAGACCCAAUCCGCCAGGGGCGAGCAUCAAAAUCGUCCGACGAGCAGUGGAUACGGGGCUGGUGGACCCGUAGGGGCCCCCGGGGCUGGUGGUCCAGGUGGGCGACCAGUUCCACCCGGUGCCGCUGGCGCCUUUCCUGAUGCUGCCGACAGUAACAGUAUCAUGAAUCCCAACUUGGACCCCUCGGAGCAGGAUACCUCCGCCUAUGGUUACCCGCCCAUGGUCGGCCAGGCACACAACGGCACCGCCGGUGAAUCUCUUCGGAAUCCAACAGACUCGAACUUCCACCUCAUAUCUCCAGAGGCUGGAUGCACCUCGUUUCCAGAAUCAACGCGGCUGGGAACACAGCCUCAAGCUACCAACGUUUCCGGAUGUUACUCCCUGUACAGCAAUCCUAAUUACGCGGUACGAUACGAUGGGUUACUUACGGGAUAUUAA